AUGGAGGCGAAAUUUGAGAUCCAGGUAUGUGUAGGUUAAAAAAAAGAAGGGUAAUCGAACGAUGGAGCAUUCUGCUUAUUGUUCUGAGCUUUCGGACUCGUGCAGGAGCCCAUCGUCGGAGAUGGUAGCAACAAAAGGGACAAGCGACACUUAUAGAGUUUGCUGGUCAAUCGUCUCUCGGGGGUGCUGCAGGUGGCUGCGCAGGGCUCUGUACGCCGGCGCCAGGUCUAUAAAUCGAUUGGAUGAGUUCUGAUCAGAGGCCCAGGUUUCGACCAAUUUACAGCAUUUUUGUUUCCGUCGUGGACGACUAUUUUGGUGCCUACGAAGUUGAGCUCAUGAUCCAUUUCGUAGGUGCGGGCAGCCACUUGGGAUACUUUGCAUCCUCUUCGCACAGUCAGCUUAUGUCCGUGUACAGGCUAUCCGAGCAUGCGCUCAGUGUGGCGUGUGUAUUUACAAGGACAGUUUUGCACGAGAUGCUAUAUACCACUCCCGAGUGCUCCUCGAGCCUUAACCAGUGCUUCAUUUUCAUGGGGGCUUUGGUCCUGGUGUGCAAUUUAAACACCUAGUUCAACAACAGUGCGCUUUGUUGCUUCUGAAACAUCCUCAAUAUGUGGCAGACUUGCGAUGCACCUACCUCGCUCCCUCCUCCUUCCCCAUUUGGACCCAGUGCCAAGACAUAGCCAAGAAGACCGGAGGUGGGAAAGGGUACAAGCGGCUGGCCUGGCUCACCUUGCCCUUAGGCGUACCACAACAUCGCCUAGUCAACAGUAAACACUUGACCAGGGUUUUAGCCAACAUUAAUGGGUCAAUAAGACGAUGAGGAUUACUGGGCAGCCAUGUUCACGGCCUUUAUACGCAGUUGGAGAUCAAGCGCAUCUAGCGACAGAGAACCAGGUGCCAUAUAACUGACGACACACACCGGAUUACGAGAGUCAGGGUUUGCCGAAACGCACACGCACAGAAGGUAUUGCCCUUCCGCCUCCAUCUCGCAUUCAUAUGGGACCAGGCGGAUUGCAGAGAAGACGUUUUAGAUGCAAGAUGCAUCACUGCGGGCUACGUCGACUUACAAAAUCUCGCCUUCCAACAGCUCAAGAUGUUAUUUUGUUAAAAGGAACUGUUUUUGACCAGAUAGGGUAUAAUUUGCUAUAACUCUUUGUAUCCCUCGAACUGCUGAUUUUCACCUGUUACUAACGAAUCCCGUGUGAGCUUCCAGAUUAUUGAUACAUCAUCUGUGUUUCUUUUAAUCCUAAUACCUUCAGCAUAAACAGAUAGGCCUUUAAAUGUAGUCCACAGAUUACCUGUCCUUUCCUGUCCAUUUUUAGGCCUGUGUACGCAUUUAGAUGUGUUUUUCCAGCAGAAAAGGAACUUUUUUGCGUUCCACAUAUUUCAGGAAGCUCCUACCGUGAGUCUUUCGCCGUUAAAUUCGUAUUCUGAUGAGUUAUGUGCAGCGGCCCUUUUUCAGUAUCUUUCCUCUUGAUCAGUAGCUGGUUUGGAAGACCGUUCGACAUUUCUUGUUUGCCCUAUGAUAUCCUGCAUGCGCAACCAGGUAGCCUUCUGUUUAUAUUGAAGUCCCUUCUCUCAUGUGAGUUUUAGACUUUUACAAAACGGUGGACGAGAGAUGAACUGUCCUGUCAUAGCAUAGCCCAAAAUAAAACUGUGAAUGAAUGGUUGGAGAUGAAGAAUUCCCAUUCUAAUCAUAUCGAAACGUCAUGAUCGCCUCGCGUUCAUAUUCAUUUGAAGGCAACUAAAAUGGUACAGAGAGUUCUUUAAAGAAACGGCCAGGUGUGAAGUCUAAUUCGUUUGGGAAGCCGCACUUCAAACGUCAAGUGAAAAGAUGUAUGGACGCAAAUAUCAGAUGAUGUGGAAAGCUCGCAAACAGGCAUGUAGGUAGCAAGAGCGCUUUCAGUAGGUGAUCCAUCUUAUGGAACGCUAAUUUUAAUUCUGAGGUCAGAAAAUGGCAUUUAUUUGUAGUUUUAUAUAUCCAUUAUCUUGCAGCUAUAUGUCAGACAUGCAGUCACGAAAGGAGAUUAGCUUUUAAAUAUAGGUCAUUCCGGACACAGGGAAAAAUAACCCACUCGUUAAAAUUGACUACUGUUUCCAUGGUUUUGCUUUGCAUUCAUUCCAAACGCAGUUUACUGAAUUCAUGCACAGAUGUAUCAAUUCAUAAAUAAGCCUUUUGAUAAUUUACGUUUUUGCAACAGAACAGUAGAAGAAAUGGCAUUUUCCAGUUUUUAGUUGAUAAGCAUCCAGGCUCAUAAGGGCUAAAUGUAUGGAAAUCUCCGUUUGGACUCUACAAGGAGUCCAAAGGGAAUAAAUACGACGAUAUUUAAGGAGAAAGGUUCGCAAUCUCAACAACACGAUGGCUGCUAUGUUCGUGAACUGAAUGCUACUCAUUGUGCUGUUUAAAUGUAAAAAAGACUUAAAUUGACUGCAAAAUGCUCAUAUUUUAGAUUUACAAACAAAUAAAGUCGGGGGAAAACGCAUUUGCGUACAGUAAAAAAUUCAUGCAUUUGAAGUUUGGCAUCCCGAUGUCGCUACUAUGCGUCUUUCGAUAAGGCUUCAUGAUAACCAUUACAAUACUUUUUAAGUACCCUUAUUUAACCAAGAUCAGAUUUCGGAAUUUCAGUCGACGUUCCCUUUAACAUGCACCAACUGUAUUAUCAGCGAGGUUAUUGUUAUUCAGUAGCGUACCUCCUAGCGAAUCAGGUGCAAAAUCGGUUAUCUAUCUUUUCAAAAUAACCAUUGUACUUUCAGUCUGAUUGUUCUUGCUAAGGCAGAAUGUCUGUGAACUUUUGAAAAUUGAAGUAUGCGCCUGUGCAGAAGUGUUUACUGGUCACAUAACAAUUUCGAACCUUAGGCGCCACAACAGUAGUUAGGGGGAAAAUGUGCACUUUUAUUGCAGGUUCCGUCCCGGCGCUCGGCCGGAGAGUGCGUUUUCGCGCAGAUGACAGUUUGCCCUUUUUUCGUGUCAAUAGGUAGUGGUCUUCUAUCUAAGUAUGACUGCAUGUUGCACGCAUGCCUUCUUGAGUGUCAAGUGUUUUUUUUAAAACAAACCCUUCAAGUCGGAGUCGGAAACAUAUCGCAAUUCCUUGCCCUGUUUAAGCAAUAGCCUUCUGCGUCAUUAAACUCUGCUGAAGUCGUUUACCCUGUUUUUGCUGUGCAUGUACGUCUCGGCCACCGUGGGUUUACGCAUAGCAGUAAGUUUCCUUUCCUAUGAAUGGAUACCCGCUCUUUCUUAAGAUGUUCCCUUUCCUUUUUUUCUCAAGUCAGCGACUUCGAACAAGUCACUAAGCGAGGGCUCCAACGCAGCUCCAUGCUUGCAGCCCGCAUUUUGCUACCAAGUAAUGUCAGGUACGUUUGAAUCUGCAGACAUUCCGUAUGCAACUGUAUAUUACUGUUUUGUAAACAACUAGCUUUUUGCUACCCCACUGAGAUCCCGCCAGUAGAUCCCUCGAGCAAGAAGUGUUAGCAGUGUCAGAUUUAGGUCACCGGAAGAGGACUUUGGUAUGAAUAUAUACAGAUGUAACCAACGUAAUGCAAAAACCUGAAAGUAAUAGAGCUCAAUUUUUGGAGAUAUCUGCGUAACUGGCUGAACUUUAUUCCCUAAUGAGGCGUUCAACUAAGAACGGCAGGCACAUAAUAUAUAGUAAGUGGGCUAACUCAUGAAUUCUCUGCAGAAAUUCCGAAAUGGGCUUCCGUUUUGAAAAGAUUAACUAAGUAAAUUUGUAAAUCCACUCGUCGUGCAGCAGCAUUUUAUAAUAAUUCAUUUACCCCAGGAUGCCUGCUUUCGAAAAAACGUCUUUUUGGCUGCAUUCAAAAACUAUACUCCGUAAGAAAUGGCUACGUCAUAAGCAUGUAUUUCUCUCAUGGAUUUUCGAUUCCCUUAGCGAUUUAAUUAUAUUUCCUGGAAAACAUACAUACAACUAUCCAUACUUUUACUCAUUUGGUAGAAAAUUACGCCUUCUUUUGAUUUUGCACUCGAAGGAGGGUAUAUUUUGGUUUUGUAAAACUUUUCCAAUUCCCGAAUAUUUUUAACCCAACCUGCCGUUACACUUGCAUUCAGGGUUCCCAAACUACAAGCCGCAUAAUUUUCGCGUACGGAAAACCAUAUAUUUCUCUACGGGAAUAAAGGGGGACCGUAGAGGGUUCAUAAAAUUAGGCAGUGGAUUUGAACCACACCGGUAACUUUACAAGCCACACUGGUAAAUGCAGAGACGUGACGUUUUAUAAAGGACCGUUUUACGGUGUUAAACAGUCUCACAAUUAGAAACUUUUAAAACCGAAUUAGACCCUUCCUUUGAAUGCAAAAUUAAAAGAAGACGUUUUAUCCUACCAAACGGGCAAAAGAAUGGAUUUUUUGCUUGUUUUCCGUGAAAUAUAAUCGAAUUGUUGAGGGCAUUGAAAAUCCAUAAAAAAUGCAUGCUACCUAAGUUGCCCUUUUUUGCGGAGUAUAGUUUUUAGAUGCAACCAAAAAUAAUUGUUUUCGAAAGCCGGCGUCCUGGGGUAACUGAAUUAUUAUAGAAUUAUACUGCAUGAUAAUUGGUUUUACAACUCUAUUUAAUCAAUCUUUUCGGAACGGAAACACCUUGUGAAAUGUCUGUUGGCAUUUCAUGAUUUAGCUCACCUACUGCAUGUUGAACUUGUUUGUGCAUUAAUUGUGUUCAGGUACGCAGUCAUUUCAGAGGUAAUACACACCAUCAGUGUCCAGAAAACAACCAAAAACGGCCUGGCCUGACAAGCGCACUUGCGAAAAGGAUAGGAAGAAUAAUCUGGUUUAAUCGACGAAUAAUGUCCCACACACACUUUCCGGAUAAAAUUCUCCCUACAAUGCGUGCUUGCAGACGACGGCGUCACCCAUUAAGAGAACAGUCGAUAGGCCGACAUGUGAUUUGAUUUGGCCAUAAGAUCAGAUAGCAGCGACUAAAAUGAUUGAUUGAUUAUGACAAUAAAUAGUUCCGCCUCCGGGCAAGCAGUGAUGAUGCAGUAAAACAGGAACGCUCAUAUCAUUUUCCAGGGAAAUAAUUGAGUAGAAAAAUGGACCAGAAUUAAAUGACACGAAUAAACAGAUAAACAGGACAGUUUACAAAUUUCCCUUCGACCCGCUGGUCUUUUUGCUCCUUUCAGUUCGAAGGGUUGCACUGAUCGAGAGCCAAAUGAGGAACGGUUCCGCGGCGGCCAUCUUUUAUCCUCAAAACGCAUCACUUUUGCCAGUGGCUCUCUCCUUUGUUCUACAAGAGGGAACAAGUAAGUCAUAAUCACGUGUCUUGAAUUUAUUGGAUGCAUAAGCCAGCCGGGCGUUGACCCAAGGUGGUGUACAAUAAAAAUAGCACUUUCUGUCCAAACAAUAAUCUGUCAUUCAGGGGAGAGUUGGGAUAUUUUAGAACAGUUCCAACAACAUGAAGCGACUUCAGCGUGGAUCCCAGCAUGGUAAACGAGAUCUAAUAUUCUCAAUAGAACUGUGUUUCAAUGCCCUUCUCUUAUGUUUUACAGCAGGGAACAAGUAGGUCAGAAUACCUCCUUGAGACUGUAUCACCUGCAUGCAUUCUAUAGAAGUUUGACAACAGAAGUGAAAAAUGCAACUGACAACUCCUGACUGUUAUCCAGAAGACUUGAUCAGUCUUCAUGGGGAAAGUAGUUCCGCUAAGAUGUAGCAGACGCUCCAGUUCCUCCAUUCGCCGGCUCCGUUUUGUGAGGGCAGCCGGGAGUCACUGCAGCUGGACAGGAGGGACCCCAGUUCUAGCCGGCGGGGAUGGUCGUGUGUCAACGGCCUGUCAACGAUUGUCACGACCAUCGACCGACAAAACGGAGUCGGAGAAAAAGGGAUAGCUGGAGCGGCUGCUACAAAGAACAUAUCUAACAACAGGCAGUGACUUUUCUAUUCCUUUGAUCAUUGCAAAGUAGACUUGCUGUACAUGUCACACACUCAUUUUUUUACAGCCAACAUGGUAAACUGACUAGAAACAGUGAAGACGACCCGAGAGCAAGCAGCCAAAGUCAAAUGACAUGUUUAGGCUAACGGAACACAAUCCAGGCGUCAAAGGAGAGAUUAUUUGGACUUCAUUUUGUGGCGCAAGAAUCGCUAGACCAUGGAUCUCUUGACCUUCCGGCAGCUAAAUAAAUGCGAUUUUCAGAAAUUCCUAGGGCAAAUGCCUCAUUAAAUCGGACAGACGGGAGUGUCAGUUAUUUGUGACGUCUGAACAUGUUGAUGACUGGUUGGAGAAUCAGGCUUACAUAUACAUUUCACAAUCACAGAUUUAUUUGAUAUACCCUACAUUCUCCAAAAAACCUCACGAUCUUGACUUCUCCAUAUGUGAAAAUGCGUGUCAUCUGUUUGGUACGGGCUAUCAGUCGUAGAUAUGGUUGCACCCUCCUCACGGUCUGUUGGUGCUCGCGCAUCCGUGUCUUCCCCUGACAGCCACUUUUUUGACAAUCGGUUGCACUGACCGACCUCCCUUUUAUGUCUUUCGAUGACAGCACCUGCCACCAGAGUUAUGCUACAGACCUACUCCAAGCCACAUGUCACAUCAAAUCCCGGCUCCGUUAUCACUUUUUUACGCUUUCUUGUGUAUGAUGCAGGUAAAUGAAGAACAAGUAUCAAAGUGCUCGCUGAACGGACUUGCGGUCUUCGUCCGUCUAUUAUGUCUGCGCGUAAACACUAAUUUACCGAAUGCGAAGUCAACCACCUAGCCUUGGUUUGACCCUCUUCGCUAUGCGUCUGUUUAUGCAGCUAAGGCGAAUAGCACGCAAUAUAAUCUUAAAGCAGAUAGUUUUUGAUAAUUUCGCGGUUCCGUUUAAACUCUGGAAUUCUAUUCAAACCCGGUAGUGUCCGCAAAUCGUGCUAUUUUGGGGAUCAAGAUGCUCUUUAACCAAUCUUACUAUAUGUGGAAGCAUUGGAAAAGUGUCGUUGACGAAAAGACCUCUGGCAAUGUACCUCGAAUAGUAGGCGACACUGAAGAACUUAGAAAUGGAUUGCAAAAGCUAAACUGGCGUAGCUACGCAAGUGGGAAAAAUAAAGGUUUGAUCACCAACGUUUAUGUGAACAUUUUACUAAGCGAAGUAGACAUAUCAAUCUCAUGAAUCAUUCCUGGCGUUCUCAAUUGGUCCGGCACGUUGAUUGGGCCUAUGGCGUUUAGCGUUGAUUAAGUACCUUUUCCGAAAGAAGUUAUUGUAUUCACAACUGCGAUCUGGUUAGACUUGUACUACUUCCAGGUCUGACAAUGGCAAAUGAUAAAAGUCUACCCUACCUGCGAAUCUAAAGAAAUUUCUGAACACUGGGCUUGUCAAACCUGUACUGAACUUUGGAAAAACUUGCGGCUUGGAGCAUCAGGGAAAUCACUCCUUAACGACAGCGAUUCAUACUUCUUUCUACGCUUGCGGUACAUGUGUUUCCAAUGUUUCCAAUGGCAUUAAUGCCUUUUUAUUCACAAAUGAGAUUGGGUUUGAGAAAACACCAUUUCGUAUUUUGACGGUUUGAUUAUUAGCGGCAUCAGCUACAGCAAGGACUUUUUAUACAAGCAAAAAUUUAUGCAGUGGUUAUAUAUAGAAUUUUUGUUUUUAAUCGCCGGUCUCCCAAAAGGAGAUCAAGCGAGAUUCUGAGUUUCACCUCUGACUCGAUUUUGCCUGCAAGCAUUAAAUACAAAAGCAGAAAUUAUACGACUGCUUUUUUCACCAAACCUUACAAACUACACUUUAACUCUGAGUGUCCAUCAAAGCAAGUUUCAUAUUAAAACCAUUGCGCUCUAAUUCCCUUCGGAACUUCAAAGAAUUGCGGCUUUUGAAAGUAUUACCAGGAUGGUUAGACUGCGGCAGGUUUUCAAAUGUCUCGACCUGUCUCAUGAGAGAUUUGAUCAGUUCUAAAUUGCUUGCUUUAUUUCACUUACAAAUGUCUUUCUGCAUAAAAUUAGCAGCAAAAACUUGGCUCAGGAUUCGCAAGAUAUGUUUACAUUGAAAUAAACAGACUGGCCAUAAUGCAAAUUGAAAUUCAAAAUGGCUGUUGCGAUUAUUUUUAAGAUUUUUAGAUGACGGUUUUAUUAUCAAUGAUUUCUGCCCAUUACUGAAGGUCCCUUCCAGUUCCGAAGAUAUUUUUAUCGUCAUAAUUUUUAUACUGUUGUUGUACUAUUAGAAAUUUGAGUGUCAUCGGUAACUCUUAUAAACGAACAUUUCCCAUCCUUGCAAUAAGUAAUCAGCACGAAGUUCUUGAUGACGAAUAUUAUUAAACCAAGUGUCUAGGCACAGUUUGACUUCUGAAUUAAACUUAAAUUCUUAAGGUUGGCCUCAACCCACUUAAAACGCCCAAGGAAUACCAUCAAUUCACUCUCACAUAGAAAAGACGCUUUAAGAACUCUUGAUUAUCGACCGUCGCCUACCUCAUAUCCCCGGCACGCUGCCCACCCGACCUAUUUUGUUCAGGUUCGAUUCAGAUGCAUUGUCCAUCUAAGCAGCACACACUUUUCUACUGUCUUCGAUGAUUGCAGUAACAAAACGUUCGGCCUGCUCGCAUCCCGUUCGCCAAAAGUUUACCUUGAGAGCAGGCAGAGUUAAAUGAGCUGUUAUCACAAAACUAUACAUGGAAAGAUGGACAUAUUAAUUGAUUACCACUUAAUUAUGGUCGUGACCACAACAAGCAUUCAGUUCAUAGGCUGGAAUGAUGCAUCUGUACGCUGAUAUGACCAAUCCUAAAAGGGGAUGGUCGACACAGCACGUAAACCGCAGUCGGUCUUAAUCGAAAUCUGAAUGCAAACAACCAUGUGUGGCGAUCGAGAACGUCACUUUCGUAUUAGACUCCGACACACUGACCUCAAACAGUAACUGGAGUUACAAGUGAAAUCGGUCUACAGCAGGUGGGCUAACUCAUCGAAGUGUCAGGUGAAAUUCCGAAAUGAGUUUACGUUUCAAAAGUAGUACUUAAUUUAGGCUGAGAAACUAAUAAUCAUACAGCAUAAUUCUAUAAUAAUCUAGUUACCAUAGUGUGCCGGCUUCGCGAAUGAGCUUAUUUUCGGCUGCGUGCAGGAACUAUACACUGAAAAAAAUGAUUAAAUACGUAGCAUGCAAUUUUCUCGUUGAUUUUUCAUGCCUUUAAAAGUUUAAUUAUAUUUCAUGAAAAACGCAUAAAAAUAUUCAUUCUUUUAUUUUGCCGGUAGAAUAUUAGGUCCUCGUUCAGUAUUAUGCUAGAAGGAGGAGUAUAAUUCAGUUUCAAAAGUUUCUAAUUGCAAGUUUCUGUAAUACCGUGAAUUGGCAGUUCAUAAAACGUAAUGUAUCUGCACUUACCAAUGUGGCUUGUAAAGUUAACAAUAUUACUCAAAUCCACUGCUAAAUUUUAAGAACCCCAUAUAACCUCCUCUUGGUUCCGUAGAGGAGUGCGUGGUUUUCCGUACGCGGCUUAUGGUUCGGUAAUCCAGAAUGCAAGAGGAUGUGAUUUCCCACCAAAUGAGUAAGAGAAUCAAUAUUUUUAUGCCCGCUUCCUCUGAAAUAUUAUUGAAUUCUUAAGGGCAUCGAAAAUCAUUGAGAAAAGUGCAUGCUACUUACUUAGUCAUUUUUUACAGAGCAUAGUUACUGCAUGCCCGAAGGCCGGCAGUAGCUGGAUUAUUAUAGAAUUCUGCUGCAUGGUAAUUAGUUCUAUAACCCUUCUUAAUUAAUCUUACUGAAACGAAAACCCAUUUUGAAAUUUCAGCUGCCAUUUCAUGAGUUAGCACACCUACAGUAAACUCUUGCUAGCUCAGGGGGCGAACCUUGAUACCUGGAUAAUAGUUUACGGAAUGCUCUAAUCUCAGGAGAUUUUUAAAUAACUAACUUGCGAUGACUGUGCUGGAAUUUGAGAAAGUCUGGGACUCAAACGACAGGACGGAAACCGCUCAUACUCCAGAUUUAUUUUCGUCUCAGUGGUUUUCUUACCUCGACAGGUUUUUUUCUCAUAGACUCCGAGUGCAAUUGAACGGGUAAGUUUAUCCCGAAGGUCACCUCUAAUUGAUGAUUAUAAAACGGGGGCUUCAUCCAGUAACUGGACAUAAAAUGUAGUUCAGCAAGGGUUCGGGCUAGUUACAGAGGCUGACUGUGACUGCUAAUGCCUUGGUGAAAGCGCAGACCAAACAAUAAAAGCAUCGUGACUGCGCUGGAUUUUAAAAAAUGCGGUCACCCAGAGAAAAGCAGAGAAAUCACUUUCGAUGACGUCUCUGCAGCCUUAUAUUCGUUCCCCUGGAGCGCGCUCCUCGGCAGGUUUUUUCAGGGUCCUAUGCAUGACAGGUUCAAGGGCCUGCGUAGAAAGAAUCAUCAUUAGAUAGUUUCAGAAUUUGGUGAUUUGCUCCUUUAGCACAUUUUUGUACACUUUAAACCUCGAACUAUAUGUUAAAACCUGGGUUUUAAGUCGCAAACCUUUAAGUGAGAAUAUGGUGGAAUUUUGGACCUCUCACCUAAAAUCAAUUUUUCCACAUAAGGAAUACGCACGUGUAGAGUUUUGUCGCCCUGUUUUUGUGACAGACGGCAUUUGGCUUCAUGCGCUACACACGCAUUGAAAUAUGGGUGUUUUUAAUCAAUAUGCCUUAGAAGUGAUUUACUUGAUAUUUAUGCAGUGUCGGGUCUCUUUAUUAUUAGCUCUGCCUCUGUCCAGUUUUAUCUUUCGACGUUGGUGUCUUCAUUCGAAUUUCAAACCUAUUUUGCAUAUUCUCAUGUGAGGUAGUCAUGUGGCUAUAAGAACACGCCUCAAAUUUCAAGAGGCAUUUGAACGUAAUAAGUGCAUAACAAACGCAGAGAUCCUUGAAAAAUAAAAUACCUUGCCUGGAAUCCAUUGCAUUCUAUGUAUAGAGUAGGUGGGUUAACACAUGAAAUGGCAACCGAAAUUUCGAAAUACAUUUUCGUUUCGACAGGAUUAAUUAAGUAGGGUUGUAAAACUAGUCAGCCUGCAACAUAAUUCUAUAAUAGUUAAGUUAUCUCAGGAUGCCGGUUUUCGAACGAACUUCCUUCCGGCCGCAUGCAAAAACCACACUCUGUAAAAACUGACAACUUGAGUAGCAUGAAUUUUUCUGAUUCAUUUUCGAUGCCCAUCAAAGUCCAUUUUUACUUCAUGAAGAACAUGCAUAAAAAUAUUCAUUCUUUCGCUCAUGCGGUAAAAAACUACGUCUUUUUCCAAUCUUGUACGCGAAAGAUGGGCACAAUUCGGUUUUUAAAACUUUUCCAAUUCCAGAGUAAUUUUGAACCCGCUCUACCAUUACACAUGGAUUCAAGGUUACCAACCUACAAGCCGUGUAUUUUCGGCGUACGAAAAACUACACAAUUAUCUACGGAAAUAAAAAAAAGGCUUAUGGAGUUCACAAAAUGUAGCAGCGGAUUUGCUCCAUAUUGUUAACUAACAAGCCACAUUACUGAAAGUAAAGACAUGCGGAUUUAAGAACAGCUAUUUCACGGUAUUUAAAAGUUCACAAUUAAAAACCCUUUUAAAACCAAACGAUGUCCAUCCUUCGAGUAUUAAAUCAGAAGAAGACGUAAUUUUCUGCCGCAUGGGCGAAAAAAUGAAUAUUUUUAUACAUGUUCUGCAUUAAGUAUAACUGGACUAUGAUGGGCAUCGAAAAUCAAUCAGAAAAAUUCAAGUUACUCAAGUUGUUAUUUUUUACAGAAUGUGGGUUUUGCAUGCGGCCGGCAGGACGUUUGUUCGAAAGCCGGCGUCCUAAGGUAACUAAAAUAUUAUAGAAUUAUGUUGCAAACAGACGAGUUGUACAACUCUACUUUAUUAAUCCUAUCCAAACGAAAACGCAUCUAGGAAUUUCGGUUGACAUUUCAUGAGUUAGCCCACCCGCUGUAGAAAUAAUUUAUUUGAUAUUUGUAGUCUUGGGUCUCUUUAUUAUCUGCCCUGCGUCAGUACAUUUUUAUCUUUCGACGUUAGUAUCUUCAUUCGAAUUUCAAAUCGAUUUUGCAUAUUCUCAUGUGAGGUAGUCAUGUGGCUAUAAGGAACCGUCUCAAAUUCCAAGAGGCAGUUAAACAGAAUAAGUACAUACCAAACGCAGAGAUCCUUGAAAAAUGAAAUUCCCCGUCAGGAGUUCACUGCAUCUCAUGUAUAAGUAGCUGCAAUUCCAACUACUAAUGAAUUUUACCACAAGCUCCUUUUGACUUAAGAUAAAUACCUGGUGUCCAUUUUUUCAGGAAUUGUAGGGUCAUCAGCGUUUUCUGAUUAUAAAAAAUAAGAACAGUGAAUGACCAAAAUCAUAAAAUGUUGUCCCAAAUUCUGAAAUGCCUUUUCAAACAGGAUCUAUUACUUAAGUGGGUUGUAAUAUUAACUAGCAUGCGGUAUAAUGAAAUUAUAUUUCUGACUAGCCAGAACGUCAACUAAUAAAUGCACUUCUUUCCGACCUCCUGUAGAAAUCUCACUUGGUUAAACAUUACUACUUAAUUAGCGUGCAUUUUUCACAUUGGUCUUCGAUGGUCUUACAAAUUUAAAUAUAUUUUAUAGAAAGCAUGUCCAAAAAUAUGCUUUCGUUUACUCGUUUGGCAGAAAAUCACGUUAUCUUUACGUCUUAUAGUCGAAGAAGGAUAUAUUUUGGUCUUCAAAGGUUUUUAAUUGUGCGAUUUUUAAGAUCGUUUAAUGUUCAUUCAAGUAGCAUUUCACUUGUCAGUUUACCAAUUCUCCUCAUUAACUUGAAACAUACUUCACAUUCAUUGCAAAAUUUAUAAACUCUAUUUGAUAUCUUCGUAAAGCUCAAGAAAAUAUAUGGUUCUUCUUACACGGAAAGCAUGCAUUUUGUAUCCUAAACUCGGUAAACGCUGCUGCCACGGCUGAUGAGGCUCAAAUGUUUCGGGGAUUGGGAAACAUUUUGAAAAACUAAAUAUACCUUUUCUUUGAGUACAAAAUAUAAGAGCGGCACGUGCAAUCGUCGCUUGAAAAUUGGAGAUAUUUUGUUAAGUUAUUCACAAGAAAUACAAUGUGCCGCUGAGCGAGUAGCGAAUUAUAUAUCGUACUAGGGUUAAAAAAUUUCCCCUUAGUCUUAAAUUCACUUGCCAGAAAGCAUGCCACAAAUACUUUUGGAAAAAUCAGACACACUGAGACACAUGACACAUAAGAAUACUGAACACUUUUCAGUCGUCUUAAAUAUGUAUACAUGCAUAUAUAUAAGAAAUCUUAAAGGGGGCAGUCUAAUAAAUACGGUUUUUUGCAGUAGAGCUCAAGAACUAUCGUCAAAUAGAGCUUUUUUCAUUAUGAGAGCACAAUAUCCUUAAACCUACAAAAACAACAUUUUCGUUUCUUUGACCGUGUAUUCUUCUAUCCGCAAGCAACCUGAACCUACCUGUUCUGCAAACUACCACAAGAAAUGAACUGUUAUAUUGGAAUUACGUUAGAUUAGAUAACGUACAUUACUAAAGCAAUGACGUCCUCUCGAAUGAGAAGAGAAAGAUUUUUUGGCAAUGAACUAUUUGACUACAAACUGGGCAUUAGUCAGUGGAACAUCAUUAUAUGCUGCACCACAUGAACCUCUUAAUAUACAUUUUCGUUGGUGUUCCGUGAAUUUCUGCAUAUACGUUGUACAUCAUAUUUUGCUCUUCUGUUUUCUUAAACAUAGUCAUGGUGAAUUGAAUGGAGGUAGUUUAUUAUUCCUCCUACCCAACGUCCGACGGCCUCCCGAAGACCUGAUGACUACUCGUGAAAUGUGUCUAACUUGCUGACUUCGCCAGAGGAAUUAUUUUAUGUUAAAACUUUUCUAUCUCUGGCUGUGACAAAUGAUCAGCAUAAUGCGCGUUCCUUUGAUGCCGUCACACUGCAUUCGAAAAAAGUUUCAUUUAUUUUGAAUUCUAGGCCCUCAGCUUCCUCCAAAUGUUCGUUUACUGAAGGAAUUUGUGAUUCCAUCAAAUAUCGUUCAAUCUCAUCUGCUUCUUUUCAGCAACGACAUCGGCGUAAGUUAA